CACCGGUGUCCCAGAAUGCCGUGCACCAAUGAGACGAAUUUGUUCAAUAUUAGAUGAAAACGAUUAUCAUCAAAGAAUGUUUUUACAUCAGAUACAUCCAGCAUUUAUCAUCUGUUAAAGACUAAAGGAAGAUGUUAUGCACUGCAUAUAUAUAACACUGUUUUGAAAUAAAUAACAUUUCUCAACAUCACUGGAAUGGUGACAAAAUCAUUUUGCCUUCUUGUUAAACUUGACUUACAAUGGUGUCUGUAGAAUCUUCAGAGAGCAACAAAAACAUGGUUGAUGACAUGCAACAGUAAAAACAGAAAUAUUUGUUUGAAAUCAACUUUAAAAAUUGAAAGAGAUAACCAUUUCUGUAUUGUGUUCAGAGAAGCCUAAUUAUGGAAAAUGAAUUGUGUGGGAAUAAUGUUGAAUUUAAAACAAAAUCUAAAAAGAUUGAUUCUCAUGAUGAUAAGAAGAAGGGAACAGAUAAAUUAUCAUACCAGUGUGAUAUCUGUAAGAAGGUAUUUGCUGAGAAAGGUAAUCUUGUUAGACACACACGUAUUCAUACAGGAGAGAAGCCAUAUCAGUGUGAUAUCUGUGGUAAAUCAUUUCCGCAAAGAAGUCACUUAACUAAACACAGCCGUAUUCAUACAGGCGAGAAGCCCUAUCAUUGUGAUAUCUGUGAUAAAUCAUUCUCUCAAAGACAUGUUUUAACUACUCACAAAUAUACUCAUACAGGUGAGAAACCCUAUCACUGUGACAUCUGUGGUAAAUCAUUCUCUCGAAGUCAGCGCUUAACUGAGCACAUACGUAUUCAUACAGGAGAGAAACCAUAUCAAUGUGAUGUCUGUGGUAAAUCAUUCACUCAAAGAAAUCACUUAACUGAACACAACCAUAUUCAUACAGGUGAGAAGUCUUAUCAUUGUGAUACCUGUGGUAAAUCAUUAUCUACAAGAUAUCACUUAACCAAACACAAGCGUAUUCAUACAGGAGAGAAGCCAUAUCACUGUGACAUCUGUGGUAAAUUAUUCUCUCAAGCUGAGCGCUUAAUUGUGCACAAAUGUAUUCAUACAGGAAAGAAACCAUAUCACUGUGAUAUUUGUGGUAAAUCGUUCUCUAGAAAAAGUGACUUAACUAAGCACAACCGUAUUCAUACAAAAGAAAAGCUGUAUCACUGCGAUAUCUGUGGUUAUUCAUUCUCUCAGAAACAUGCCUUAACAACUCACAAAUAUAUUCAUACAGGUGAGAAGCCAUAUCACUGCGAUAUCUGUGGUUAUUCAUUCUCUCGAAGUCAGCGCUUAACUGAACACGUACGUAUUCAUACAGGAGAGAAACCUUAUGACUGUGAUAUCUGUGGUAAAUCAUUCUCUCUACGUCAGCGUUUAACUGAACAUGUACGUAUUCACACAGGAGAGAAACCAUAUCAUUGUGACAUCUGUGGUAAAUCAUUCUCUCUAAAUCAACACUUGACUGAGCACAUACGCAUUCAUACAGGAGAAAAGCCAUAUCACUGUGACAUCUGUGGUAAAUCAUUCUCUCAUGGGAAUACAUUAACUAUACAUAAACGUAUUCAUACAGGAGAGAAGCCAUAUCGCUGUGAUAUCUGUGGUAAAUCAUUCUCUCAAAAUGGUGACUUAACUACACACAAACGUAUUCAUACAGGAGAGAAGCCAUAUCAUUGUGAUGUCUGUGGUAAAUCAUUCUCUUAUAAAAGUAGCUUAAAUACACACAAAUGUAUUCAUACAGAAAAGUAACUGUAUCGGUUCCAAAAUUUAGUUUGUGGUAAAUAAAGUCCUGUAUAUUUGUCAAUCAAA